UCAUUACUCUGUUCCAUUCGAUGAAAUACAUUGUAAAUUAUAUUACAAAAGAUACUGUCAAUUUUAUUGAAUACAAAACUAUAUAAUCUUGAGUUAAAUAUUAUUCAUUCAACAAUCAACUGGAGUGGAAAAGAGUUUUUUUUGACGAAAUAAUUGAAUUAAAAGCAUUGACUGCUGUUGCGAAAUAUUAAGAGACAAAAAAUAGAACGAAAGAAAAAAGAAGUGUAGUUGAGACUGGAAAGUGAAUUGAGUGAAUUAAUAACAAACACACCGAGGUCUAUCAAAAGGAAGAAAAAAAAUCUGUGUGUGGCUACAGCCGUCAUCGUGUGUUUACAUAUAAAUAUUAUUGACCUACCUGCAAAAUCGUUUAGUUGUUUCUUUUAUUAAUUGUUAUCUAAAGUGAGUGUGUGACGGUUGUUGCAGAAAUUCCAUUAAUUGCGGUGUUAUUAUUAUACGGCACAACAUACACAUAAUUAUGAAUACGGCGAAUUGAAUUGAAUGUGUGUGAGAGAGAGAGAAAAUAAGACGAAGAAAUUCAAGAAGAAGAAGAAGAAGAAGAAAAAAGAACACCAACGAAUAAAAACAAGAAUAUCAAUUUUUGCAUGCAAGAAGUUCAACGGCAUUCUUGAAAGUAGUGUGUGAAUUGUGCUGUAAAAUCAAAAAGAAAUCAAUAAAAAACAAAAAUUUCGGACACGUACAUACGGAGAAGAAAGGAAACAUUAAAUCGGCCCCUAAAAGACGAAAAAAGAAAGAAAAACAACAGAAAAACAAUGAAACGGCAAAAAGACGACAUGCAAGUUAACGUGGCUGGGAUUCGAAGAAACAUCAAAAAUUUAGCGCACAAUUACUCGGAUCCUCAGGUAAAAGUACGUGAAGCAACAUCGAAUGAUCCAUGGGGUCCGUCAGCGACGAUAAUGGCUGAAAUAGCCGAUUUAACAUAUAAUGUGGUUGCAUUUUCUGAAAUUAUGCAAAUGAUUUGGAAACGAUUGAAUGAUCAUGGAAAGAAUUGGCGUCACGUUUACAAAGCACUCAUUUUACUCGAGUAUUUGAUUAAGACUGGCACCGAAAAAGUUGCUCAACAAUGUAAAGAAAAUAUUUAUGCAAUACAAACAUUGAAAGAAUUUCAGUAUUUUGAAGAGGGAAAAGAUCAAGGUUUGCAUGUACGUGAAAAAGCAAAAACAUUGGUUUCAUUGCUAAAAGACGAUGAACGCUUGAAAAACGAACGAACCAAAGCGUUGAAGGCCAAAGAGCGUUUUGCUCAACAUGCCAGCGGUUUUGGAAGUGAUGGCUCCAUCGAUGGGCCAACACUUAGCCAUCGCGAUAGUCCAUCUUGGCGAACGGAAAGUGAAGCAUCACGUUCGGCAUCCGAAUUGGAAUAUGUACGUCCACAAACUGUUGGCGAAGAAGAGCUUCAAUUGCAACUUGCGAUGGCCAUGAGCCGUGAGGAAGCCGAACAAGAAGAAGCCAAACGACGCAGUGAUGAUGUUCGAUUACAAUUAGCUUUGAGCCAAAGCGAACAAGAUUUUAAAAAACAAUCAAAUGACCCACUAGCUAAGCCACCGCCAAAUCAAAGUCAUUUAAUGGAUUUACUGGAUAUUUCGUUGGGGGCUACAUCAAUUUCGGGUCCAUCGCAGGCGAGUGAUCCAUGGGGUAUGCCGUCAGCUAAACAAACAUCAGAUCCAUGGGGUGGACGUGCAUCACCAGCCACUGAUCCAUGGAAUACAAAUACUGGAGCCAUAUCAAGGCAACCGUUGCAAUCGUUGGCUGGUGCCAGCAAUGUAGAAACCUGGAUUGCUCGUAAUCAUUCGCCAUCGAUUGCGUCUGGAUCAUCCAACGAAGGCUGGCUACAAAAUAAUCCUGUCACUACUGCUAAUGGUAAUGGUAAUGGAACAUCGAAUCCAUCUCAAUUGGGUGUCGAUCCAUGGUUAACGAAACCAUCAACUAAACCCGAACAACCAGAUCCAUGGUUGAAUAAAACACCCGAUACGAAUAGCGAUGCUUGGCAGCCAGCUAGUUCAAAAUCAGGUGUCGUUGACCCCUGGGCACCAGCUAGCUCCAACAUGGGCUCACGACCAUCGCCAAUUGGUGCGCAAACAUCACCUAACUCAGACUAUGACGAAUUCGAUGUGAUAUCCAACAGAGCAAAAACUCAAAACACCAACUCCAACAACAACAAUAUUAAUAACAACACUAGUAAUGCUUUGCUUGAUGAAAUGGACCCAUUAGCCGCAUCAAAGAAUGCUUCAACGAGAAAAACACCACAAUCAUUUUUAGGUGAAAACUCGGCAUUGGUUAAUUUGGAUCAAUUAAUCAAAACAACGAAUCCAACGAAUUCAGGACAAGUGGCAUACAAUCCGUUUGGUGAUAUGGCACAACCACCAAAAACAAAUCUAUUUCAACAGCAAAUGCAACCGGUUCCGUCCAUCAAUCAGCUAAAGCAAAGCCCAUUUCCAGUAUGCAUAAGUCAAGAUCCAUGGGCUCCAGCAAACAAUAGCAGUCAGUACGUUGCGACAAAUGUUGAUGAGCAUACACAAGAUGUACAUGAAUACGAUGAGAAUGAUAACUAUGACGAUGUAUUCGAUACUAAGCACGUUGAUGAUAUACAGAUUAGAACUAGCCCAGCAUACAAUAGCAAUUACAAGCUUUAUUUCGAUGAUGAAUACCAUGACUUCAAUCAAAUCUCCCAAAUUUGCGUUGACAGUGAACGCAAUAAUAUAAAUAAUAAUAACAGAAACAAUACCACUGGUAACAACACCAACAUCAAUAAUAAUACAGCAGCUCCCUGGCUCAAUCCAGAGGUGGCCGCCUCCAAUCCAUUCUUAUCUUAAAUUAAAAAAAAAAAAUGAUUAAAAAACCGACAAACAUGAAAAAAUCGUCGAUCGAACGUGUGUGCAUCGUUGUUAUUUUAUACAAUUUAAAUUGUUCCAUAAAUGUUAAAAUUAAUACAUUUUACACAGGAAAAGUGCAGCAAAAAUUAGAUAAACAAAAACAUUACAAACCAAUUGAUAUAAAUUGAUGAAUGGGUAUGUGGGAAGAAUGUUUGCAUGAUGUAUAUAAAUAUAUUUAAAAUGAAAUGAAACCCAACAAUAAAUUUGAAAUUUAUGUUAUAACAGAAGAAGAAGAAGACGAAGAAAAAAUACUGCAUGAGAUAUAUCAUCACGAAAUUGCAGAUUAGGCAAUUAAAUUGUAUAAUUUUGUUUUCUCUCUUGUCAACUCAAGAUUACUAGAUUUCAUUUCAUCGUAUUUACAAAAUGGCUAUUCCGAUUCUUAGGCGUAUACAAAAACGUAUUACCAGCUGUUUUUUUUUAUAGUGCUAACAGGGGAUUUAUUCAGCAUUUCAUAGACUCGUGUUUACAAUUACUGUUUUGUCCAAUUAAAGAAUUGAAA